GUCAAAAGGAAAGUAUCGAUACUAUGCUUAUGUCGUUCAGUGUCAAUCCUAUUUACAACCUCCCCACUUUUUAAAGUAUUGUUUGUUUAUCUUAGUCUAUAGGUCAAGGAGUGUUACCAUUUUAUCAUUAAAUUUAUUUUAAAUACUACAAUGGGAAAUAGAUCUUCAUUGCUACUUCGUGAAGAAGAAAUUGCACAAAUUCAAAGUGAAACAGGAUUUUCUCCUAACCAAAUUGAACGGCUUUAUAGCAGAUUUACGAGUCUUGAUAGAGGCGAUUGUGGAACACUCAGCAGAGAUGACUUUCUCAGAAUUCCAGAGCUUGCAAUCAAUCCUCUUGGGGAGCGGAUAGUCCAUGCUUUUUUUGAUGAAAGUGGAAGUGAUCGUGUAAAUUUUCGCCAAUUCAUGCAAGUACUAGCGUGUUUCAGGCCAAUCAAACAAAUGACAGAUAACCGCUUAAAUUCCCGAGAACAAAAAUUAAGAUUUGCAUUCAAAAUGUAUGACAUUGAUAGUGAUGAUUUCAUUUCCCGAGAUGAAUUACUUGCUGUGUUACACAUGAUGGUAGGAGCAAACAUAAGUGAAGAACAGCUAACAUCAAUCGCCGAACGUACUAUUCUUGAGGCCGAUCAAAAUGGUGACCAAAUGAUUUCAUUUGAAGAAUUUUGUAAAGCAUUGGAGAGAACAGACGUUGAGCAAAAAAUGUCUAUUAGGUUCUUGAAUUAAUAAAAUUAUUUUUAUAAUAUUUUAUGCUCCUGGUAUUCUUUAUAUAAUAAAUUUAAAAAUUGUACUGUAAUUAAUAAAAUAAAAUUUUUCCAAAACUUUCAUUCAUCCAUGAUUAUCAUUAGGCUGAAGAUAAUUUUAACCGUAGAACAAAUUGUUGGUAAAGUUGGUUAGGGGUUGCAGUCAUUAAUAAAAUAACACACAAAUAAGAAACUUUAUUUUAUAGUGAGCUAACGUUUCAGUCUUAAUAUAUAUGCACUUACAAGGUGACAGUCAGUGGAUCACCGAUUUAAACCAAAUAUUUUUCAGUGAUAUUACAUCAAAAAAUAUUGAACACAUGUCCUGAUGUUUCUUUCAAUGGGCCCCAAGAGGCGAGAAAAAAAAUAUUUUUUUUACUACAGGGUAGCUCCAGCGAUUCACCCGAAAAUUAUGUGGAAUUAUGAGGGUUCUAUACGCUAUACCAAAUGUUACAAAACCGACCUCAAUAAACAAAUUAGAAUCAUAAAUUUAAAAUAAAAAUGUUUAAGAACUUUUUCUUAAUUUCUAGCUUAAAAAGAAAUGAAAUCUUAAAGUUAUUCUGGUGGGUUGGAAGAGCUGAAAUUCAGCUUUCUAACAGUUGUAUUAAUAUUGAAUUUGGAGAAAAGUUAUGAAUGCUUUAAUAAUUGGUUUGAAAAAAAAAUCCUUCAAGAAAAUUUAGCACUAAAAACAAAUUUAACUUGUUUUUUUAUGACUAAAAUUUACUUGGGCUACUUUACUGGGACUUCCAUUUGUAAUUUAUGAUUCAUUAUAACUUAUUUAAUGCCUUAGUCAAUAUUUUUUUCUUAUUUUCCAAAAAAAAAAUAAUUUGAUUGGUAUAAAAUAAUAACAAAUCCGGGCAAUGCAAAAAUAAAAAUAAAAAAUAUAAAUUUUGUUUGAAAUUAUUUUUUUAAAACAGUUUCUUGGCUCUUAGGACCCAUUGAAACGAAUUCUGGGACAUAUUUUCAUUAUUUUUCAAUGUAGUAUCCCUGAAAAAAAAUUUGGUUGAAAUCGGUGACCCACUGAUUGUGAAGUCCUCUUGUUAGUAACAUGGAUAUUUAGUUAUAAGAAAAAGUAUGUACUUAGUCCAGAUGAAGGACUAAAACUUAAACUGAAACCUUGGCACGGAAUAAAAUAAGGUAUCUUAUUUAUACUAUUUCAUCGAUGAGCACGCUCCUUCUUUAUCCCUCCCCUGCAAACCAACUUCUACAAUAUGAUUACCAUUGUGUCUUAGUACAGAAUCCAGUGUAUAAUAAUUGCAAUAAGUUACUACUCAACAAUUAUUUUCCUAUAAUUUAUUUGUUUAGAGUUUAUUUGGUACCAAGUAGAUGAUUGUUAUAUUUGUUAUAAUCUAUUUUUUUUAGUUCUUUACAUAAAAUAUAUUAAGUAUGUUAAUAAAAGUGACAAAAUAAAAAUCUACUAUUUUUAUUUUA